ACAGCGGAGCCUAGUUAGGUUACGUAACAAGCGUUUAUCGCAUCGGGGCGAAGUUCAGCUAUGCAGAGCGGGUACAAUGCCGUCUGCAAGCGUGCGGAUUUAACUGAUCUGGCCAAAAAUCCCAGGGUCGCGAUAGAGAAGAGUAAACGUAUUUUCCGCGGGCCUGGUAGAGAGUUCUCGUACAGGUAUAUUGGGUUUGGGUGAAAAGCUCGUCUCUGAUAAAAGUAUAGGGUGCAAACUGUGCUACUCAUUCCAUCUGUUACCCCUGUAGUCGUACGGUACCAGUAUAAGCGUGAUGGCGAAGGAGGAGCUGGCGGUUACCAAGUUUAGGGAAUACCUGAGGAUAAAAACUGUCCAACCAAACCCUGAUUAUGAAUCAGCUGUGAGGUUCCUCGUCGCUUAUGCCGAAGAGUUGGGGCUGCCAUGCCGAAUAACAGAGGUUGCCCAGGGGAAGCCUGUUAUUACUAUGACUUGGGAGGGAGCCAAUCCAAAACUGGGUACCGUUCUCCUGAAUUCCCACUCUGACGUCUCCCCAGCCUUUGCGGAAUAUUGGACUUUCGAUCCUUUUGGUGGAGAAAAGGACGCGGAUGGCAAUAUCUAUGGUAGAGGAGCACAGGAUAUGAAAUGUGUUGGAAUACAGUAUCUGGAGGCCAUAAGAAAGCUAAGACAAAACGGAGUAGUCCCAGUAAGAACAGUGCAUGUUACUUUUGUGCCAGAUGAACAAGUGGGUAGUGAGGAGGGUAUGAAGUUGUUCGUUAAGCACGAAGACUUCAGAAAUCUUAACAUAGCAUUUGCAAUGGACGAAGGCUUAGCAAGUGAAGAUGGCGUAUACAGAGUCUACAAUGCAGAGAGGUCUCCAUGGUGGAUUAAAGUGACAUGCACUGGAAAUGCUGGUCUCGGUGCAUAUUUAGUCCAAAAUACUGCCAUUGAAAAACUGAGAAAAAUCACUGACGCCUUCUUAGAAUUCAGGGCUGAACAGGAAGCUACCUUGAAGAAUGACAGUACCAUGGUUCUUGGGGACGUCACAUCAGUGAAUUGCACAAUGAUUGAGGGAGGCGUACAACCUAAUAUGGUUCCGGCAGAAAUGUCGUCGGUGUUUGACGUUCGCGUCACUGUUACUCAAGAUAUGCUGGAGCUAGAAAACAAGAUACAUCAGUGGGCCAAAAGCGCAGGCGAUGGUAUUAAAGUGGAAUUCUUGCAGAAAAACACAUUUCAAGGCGUGACACCAGCUGACGACUCCAAUCCAUGGUGGGUCGCUUUCCAGAGCGCAUGCAAUGAAAUGGGAAUACCGUGGAAAAGAGAGGUAUUUCCAGCUUUCAGUGAUGGCAGAAUUAUGAGACAGCUUGGGCUUCCCGCACUAGGCUUUUCGCCAAUGAUCAACACUCCAAUCACGCUACACGACCACAACGAGUUUCUGAACGAGAGGGUAUUCCUUACGGGAGUAGACGUGUACUGCGGUAUCAUUUCAUCUUUGGCAAGCGUCCCUGGCGAGGUUUCUAGCCCCUAAGCCCGACAACGAAACAAUUUCACUUGAAAAUUAGCAUGUUUUUGUAGACUAGUGGUUAUAACAUAUGUUUAUCACCAAUUCAACAAAAUUGUCGAUGCGGUAUUGCUGCUACAUUAGUUAAAUAUUUGACUAGAUACCGAAGUAAAAAUGUAUAUCGCAGCAGUCUGCAGUAGCGGAAAGCUAGCGGUGAAAAGUUAUGCAGUAUAAUCAUUUUUAUCAUUGUAAUAAGUAGCGGAGAUAGUGCCCUGCAAGUAAUAAUAAUAAUUAUAAUAAUAAUAAGUUUAUUGCAAAAUUACAACCCACUGGGUUUAAGUUGAACAUGAAUAUAUAUAAAGAAUAUAUAUUGGGCACCUAGUCAAUAUACGCUCGACCCGCCUUCCUGGGGAGGUUACAGCCCGGCUGCCGUAUAUCAGGCCCUCAAAGCUAACACACGAAUAAUGUCUCUCGCUGCCACGCCAGGAAAUUGCCACGGCUUCAAGGCCUAAGUGCCUAAAUUCCACUGCAACAUACAUUUUAUGGUCUAUAAGCAUAUAAUAAUAAUAAUAAUAAUAAUAAUAAUAAAUAAUAAUAAUUAUUAUUAUUAUAACUGUUGUUGUAGUUGUAAGCGGAUAUGCACAUUGUUGCUCAAAAUGCUUGUCAUGCCUAAUAAAAUG